AAUCUCCUCUGUGGGAAAUCCAUCUGGCUCCUGUUGGGGUCCAAAGCUUCAGCAGACGAAAAAACAACUUUAUUUGUUGAGGACAGACACCGAGUGUAAUGUGGCAGCAGCACCCGGCUCAAGAAACGACAUUAUUACCAACCCAGCACGGAAUGUGGAAUGCACCUGAACCGGAUCCAGUGCGAGGAAGAAUGCCUGCGGAAAAAGUUGCCAAUCCACCUGUUCCGGGACUGAAGCCUUCCCCCGAGAAAACAAAUCAUUUUCCAAUCCAGUCUGUCUGUGCUCCCUGUCAGCUGCGUGGUGCAGUCUGUGGACUUUUUUACAACAAUGGAGUGCUGCCUGUCUGAGGACGAGAAGGAAAACUUCAGGGUGCACAAAGAAAUAGAGAGGCAACUUCGACGAGACAAAGACAAGUCUCACAGUGAGGUGAAGCUGCUGCUCUUGGGGACGGGUGAAAGUGGGAAAAGCACUUUCAUCAAACAGAUGAGGAUCAUCCAUGGCAGUGGAUACAGUGAGGCUGACAGGAGAGGCUUCACCCGCCUCGUGUUCCAGAACAUCAUCACCGCCAUGCAGGCGCUGAUCGACGCCAUGAAGACGCUGCGGAUUGACUUCGUCGACGACCAGAACAUUAGCCAUGCACAGAAGCUGAGCCAAGUGGAGGCCGACCAGGUGCUCACUUUGGAGGCUUGGCAAGCGGAGGCCAUUAAGCGAGUGUGGAGUGACCACGGUGUUCAAAGCUGCUACGACCGCAGGAGGGAGUUCCAGCUAUCGGACUCGGCCAAAUAUUACCUGAGCGACUUGGACAGAAUCACAAACCGGACGUACAUCCCCGACUUGCAGGACAUCUUGAGGGUCAGGGUCCCCACCACCGGCAUCAUCGAGUACCCCUUUGACAUUUCAGUCCAGUUAAAAAAAGUUGUCUUCAGGAUGGUGGACGUGGGGGGGCAGCGUUCGGAGAGGAAGAAGUGGAUUCACUGCUUCGAUAACGUCACGUCCAUCAUUUUCCUGGCGGCGCUCAGCGAGUACGAUCAGGUCCUGUACGAGAGCCAGAACGAUAAUCGACUGCAAGAAAGCCUCGCCUUGUUCAAGACCAUCCUCUCCUACACCUGGUUCCAAAACUCCACCACCAUCCUCUUCCUGAACAAAAAGGACCUGCUGGAGGAGAAGAUCACACGCUCUCAUUUGGCUACCUACUUCCCAGCCUUUAAAGGUCCUCGGGGUGAUGCUAAAGCAGCACAAGAGUUCAUCCUGCAAAUGUAUGUGAAGAACCACAGCGGGCAUCCGAAAAAUCUCUACAAACACUUCACCUGUGCCACGGACAGGAAGAACAUCGAGAUUGUCUUCAACUCCGUCAAAGACACAAUCUUCAGGGAGUACAUUAGCCAAUUCAACCUGGAAUAAGGCGGGUUGCAGAGGGACGCUGUUCAGGAAGAAGAAGAAGGAGCCUACGGUCACAUGUUGUAAAACUUUAUGGACUUUCUUCAUCUGUUGUCGGGUGCAGCGUGUACACAGACAUCAAAGAGAGGCAGCAGAUGAGAGACCUGCAAUGUGAAUUGUUAUCAUAUUUAAGCAAAACCCCUUAAGAAAAGUGCCAGACCUUAGGGUUUGUUAAGGGGUUUUUGUGGAAUGUAUUUAUUCACCUUCUGAUGUUAAACAGUUUGUUUUAUAUUUGUCUUUAUCCUUUUUUCUUGAGCUUACUUUUACCUGCCUGCCGUAACUCAUUUGAAUGUUUUGCUCAUUUAAAGCAACUUUAGCUACCCUGGGUGCUACACAAAAGUCAUGUAUCAUUAUAUUUAAUGCAGUAAUUAAAUAAUAGUAAUGUACAUUAAAUAUCAUUAUUUUAAUUUACAUUAAUAUUAUUUAAUGUAGUAAUAAUGAUAAUAAGGAUUCACCCCUUAAACCACAACUUUUCUUGGGAUGAAUGUAAUUUAUAAUGCAGUUAGCUCGCUGCUACACCGCCUCUUCAUACACCUGUAAAUAAACCAUGUGUGGAAUUUUGGAAAUUAUUAAAUCUAUUGUUUUUUCAAUAAAUGCUGACUUUGGACUUUAAAA